UGAAAGACGAUGGAACUUUGUUUGCCGUCCACUUUCCGGCCACCGGAAUAUUCCCGGCUUCGCCGGGAAUAUGGCACCUGCAUUCUCAGACAAAGUCCGAAUAACAGCCAGGAAAAGGACAGUGAUCGAAGGCGUCAGCGACGAGAUGAAUGCGAUCGCGUCGCAGAACUUGGCCUUUGCUCCCGCUCGCAGGCGCGUUCGAUCGGCCUUCACUGAAGUUCAGCAGCAGCUAGAUCAUUGCUUAUUCAAGAUGGCUCCUCCUGGGAUCAGAGAGGAAGAGUGGUAUGAGAGGAAUUCAAAAGGACAGGAAAUUUUUUGCAAAAGUUGGUUGCCAAAACCAGGUGUUCGGAUUAAAGGUAUUGCCAAGCAUAUUGCUGCUUCUGGUUAUGGCAUUUAUGCUGUCGAUCAUCCGGGUUUUGGCUUAUCUGAAGGCUUGCAUGGUUACAUCCCAAGCUUUGAUGGUAUAGUUGACAAUGUUAUUGAACAGUACACAAAAAUUAAAGGUAGACCUGAAGUGAGAGGGCUGCCUCGCUUUUUAUUAGGCCAGUCCAUGGGAGGAGCUGUGGCUCUCAAAGUCCAUCUAAAAGAACCACGUGAUUGGGAUGGAAUCGUGCUUGUAGCCCAAUGUAUUUCAGAGGACGUGACUCCACCAGAACUUGUUGUCAAGGGCAUAACAUAUUUAUCUAAAGUUAUGCCAAAAGCAAAGCUUGUACCACAGAAAGAUCUAGCUGAGCUUGCGUUCAGAGAGUUAAAGAAAAGGAAAAUGACAGACGCUUUCUUACCUACAUUAGUUCCAAUCAGU